AUGCCUCGCGUUCGACGACAGCAAGUCGUGUCGACCAUGACCAGUGGAUUUCCUACACCAUCAAUACCUGCUCCGACCGCCACGCAGACGGCGAAUGGUACGUCUCUGGAUGUAAAUCAUCCGUUCAUCGACAAGGAACUACCACUGCCAGGCGACGCGGGCGCCAACAUACAUAUCAAAUGCAAGAACUGCUCCACGUUUGGCGAGAUUGACUUCGCUUUCGCCUCAUUCAAUCUGCGGGACAUUGAGAAUUUUGGAGAUAAUAAUGAGACCGGCUUGCAACUAGGAGAUUUCUUCGAAGGUGGAGAGGCGAGCGUAGUGGCGAAAGGGCUGGGCGCAAGGGUCGAAUUGGAGAUCGGUCUCAGUAAUGACGGUGGCUUCGACAUCCCUCUUUUCGAAGUCCCGUUACUAUAUGCACUUGCGAUCCGAGGUAUAGGUAGUGCGGGUCUGCUAUACGCGCCAGCACUCCGCUUCGCAUAUACACUCAACGGCACCCUCAACUUCACUACCGGCUUCGAAAUUGCCGUCCCUGACGAGUCAAAGAUCCUCAUCGAUAUGACAGAGCCCAACAAUUCCAGCACAUCGGGGUUUGAUGCGACAGCUGUCACCCCGAUUCCUUUCCAAGCGAGCGUGGACGUGCAAUUUGUGCAGCUCUCGGUGGCAUUGCGCCACCAGAUACAGAUCGGUUUUGAAUUCGUCAACCAAGUUGGCGUCGAGGUCGGUGUCUAUCUGGAUCUACCCAAAUUCGGUGCAGAAUUUGCGAAGAAGUCGGGGGGUUGA